GAGCAAGAAGGAAUCGGACGAUGUCGUCGGAGGAACAGCGAGCGAAGACCGAUCCAAAUACAUCUAUGAAGCUCGCCAUAGCAAUGGCGCUUCUUCGAUCAAAGCUAAUCCGUGAGCAACCUGCUCCUGCUCCUGCUCCUCCUCCUGAUCAUCCACCGCCAUCAUCUUCAACUUCCGAAUCCGACGCUCUGAAAUGGAGGCGCAAGGCAAAGGAGCGAAAACAAGAGCUUCUGAGGCUCAAAGAAGACCUCCGCCAAGCUGAAGAGGGUUCUCUGUGCGAUCUGUUCCCCCAAAAUGCGUCUUGCAAGUGCCAUUUCUUCGAUCAUUUGGGGAAACUGACUUUUAAUCGGGCUGGAAACAGUUAUGAUCAGAGGUUCAAUGACGUUUUGCGUCGUAGAUUUCUCAGACAAGUGCGGCUUAACGAGAGAAGACGAGGGAGAAAAGAUAGCUUAAAACAGAGAAAUCAUUUUUCUGAAGCUAGCAGUGAGGAUGAAACGGAGGAGCUCAGGGCCUCGGUUGAUUUUCUUGUGGAGCUGUGUGAAACUCUUUCUCCUGUGAAAAUUGAGAAGACUAAUUUUGUCAACUGGUUGCAUCAAGCUGUGGACUUCAUUCUAGCUGCACUAAAGAAUAUAUUGUCGAAGAGAAAGGACAUAGAAUUUCUUGAAGGAAUUGUCAGCAGGUUAAUUGUGCGUCUGGUAAGAAGAAUGUGCACUGCCUCGCAAGGAGAUGAGCUACAUCACUUUGACCCUGAUGCCCAGUUGUAUAUUCAGCACUUGCUUCGCAAGCUUGGAAGUGAGCCAUAUGUUGGGCAGCGUGUGAUACUUUCUGUUUCUCAAAGAAUCAUUGUUUUGGCAGAAAGUUUACUCUUCAUGGAUCUAUUCGAUGAUGCUUUUCCUAGUGUUCACGACAGCAUAUACAUACUGAUCCAGCUUAUUGAAUUUCUGGUAUCGGACCACUUACUCACCUGGUCAAGCAGUCAAGAUUUCGACAUGAGGCUAUUUGAAGACUGGGUAGCAUCGAUUCUUCAUGCAAGGAAAGCAUUAGAACUCUUGGAAAAUAGGAACGGGCUUUACGUGCUGUACAUGGAUCGAAUGAUGGGAGGUGUCGCCAAACAAGUAGGUCAGGUUUCAUCUCUUCAGAAUCAUCUGAACCCUGAUAUUUUAGCAAACCUAUUACAUUGACUGGAGCUUAAUCUACAUUUCACCAAAUAGCAAACUGAAGGGCACUUCCUAGGAACUCACUUCCCGUGUAUAGUGAGUACUAACUGAGAUAUCAUAUUUGGGCAACUUGAUUCAUUCAUUGGCUUUUUCAUUUCAUUCAUCAUCAACGUGGUCGAUCCUUUUAAUAACAGCACAAGAAUGCUAGUAAUUAAGCUGGUUAGUGGACUCAUACAUUUUAGAAACAAAUAUGAAACAUUAUGUAAUAGUUUGUUUAGAUUAGUUAUUCUAUCUAUUUGAAAAGUAGACAAA